AUGAAAUCCACCCUUAUCUACGGAGUCUCCCUACUCAGCCUCCUCCCUACAACCUUCGCUGACUUCCACAUUAACAACGUGUACAACAGCGUUGUCACUUCCGGCAGCAGUCAGCAGCACUGGACCUCAUAUGUUGCCUGUCCCUCCAACUACUGGAACUGCAAAUGCAUGGCCAACAAUGAUCGCGCCGGUCAUCUAGUUGAUGGCGACCUUGGUAGCUCAUUCUUCUCGAUCGAAGCUGGUUUCUGCGGCAUGGAAAAGAUGAACUUCUAUCAGGACGGCGGUGAAUACAAGAUCUACAUUGAUGGUGGUGAUGGUUCCGAAGUUGGAACAUGCUAUCAAAACAAUGAAAGCAAGGAGUGCGCAAUCUUCGGGGGGUCUGCUUACACCGGUGGAGGGAUGGUCUGCAUUACCUAUGCGUGCAACCCAUAG